ACCUGUUUGAACUCGUACUCUCCAUUCUUUGUUGUGGAUUUACCUGGUUGUGCUAUUUGAUCAAUCACUUAGGGCCCUACACAUAGUGCUCUCUUAACAGCUACGCUCAUCGCAUCGCUCAUUUUGACCUCAGCUUCACGGCAUUGCAUCCACUUGUUCUCUCAUUAACUUGCUUGAGGAUUAAGUCUUUCAUCAUACACCACUUGUCCUUGUGGGUAUACACAUUUCCGUUUCCUUUCACUCUUCUUUUGCAUUUCCAUUCAUAUAAUUAAUCAGCAUAUACCACAAUGACUAUUCAAGAGCUUGACAUUGAUACUUUCCUUUCUGGACCGGUGGUCCAGGCCACCACAGAACAAGGUGCGCAUACGGAUAUCGACGACGCCAUUAACGAGGCAUUGGCCGAGAUAGACCAACACGAUUUGAACGGUCUGUCCAAUUCCAAUGGCAAUCCAAACCCAGAGUUGAUGUUAAUGCAGGAGACAGAGGACCUGCUCCAGAGUUGUGCUGACCAGUCCAUGAAUAUCAAUAUCACACCGCAUUAUUCACUUAGCUUCGAAAGACAAAUGCUGGAGUCAUCGAAGCCUCUAUCACCGCAGUCUUUGAACUCUGAGGGGUCUCAGGUCACCUCGCCAAACUCAUCAAUGGUUGGACUAUCCAACCAGGUUCUGAGUGUCAGUUUCCAGGAGGUUGAACAGAUGAGGUUGCAGAUCGAGAAACUACAACAGUUGUACGACGGCAAAUGCUGUGAUCUGACCAAGGCCAUGAACGAGUUGAGACAGAACGAAAUCAAGAGAUUAGCAUUAAUGGAAGAGAACAGAGCUCUAAAGAACGCACUGAUCAAGGCAACCAUUGAUACAAGCUACAUUUCAUAGAAUUACUUUUGCAUAUAGAAAUCUAACAGAUUCAACUCAAUAACUACAGAAC